AACAAGCGUUCCCUGACAGCCGGUUGGCGGGGCUUAAGGUGCGAGCAGUGAACUGAUUGGAUGAGAGCGACAGCUGCGGGCUGAGCUGUGUUUGGUCAGAAGUAAACAGGGGAGCUGUCAGUUAACGAGAGGUACCGCCUCCCAGAUUUCAGACUGUGAACUGCUCCGGGACCAGAACCGACAAAACGGGGGAAUUAUCGCUGAUCAGUUAUAGAUGAGUUAGUGAUUAGUUUGUGACCAGGUGAUCGAUCGGGUGCGAGCGGUUUGAUUUUUCGGAGGGGAUGUCCCGGCUGCUGGAGAGCAGGAGACAGGGCAGGAUGAAGGAAACCAACGUGAAGAAUAAGGAGAAGGAGAAGGAGCGUCUGAAGGAGAGAGAGAAGGAGGCAAGAGAGAGGGAGGCCCGCCACAGCAACGGUCACCUGUUCACCUCCCUGACCGUGUCCUCCACCACCUUGUGCUCCUCCUGCAACAGGAGCAUCACGGCCAAGGAGGCGCUCAGCUGUCCAGCCUGUAAUGUCACCAUCCACAACCGCUGCAGAGACAGUCUGGCCAGCUGUGCCAAGAUGAAGCAGAGGCAACAGAAGCUGGCGAUGGCGAGAAACAGUUCAACUUUGCAGAAUGUUGCUCUGCGGACCAAAACUCCGAUGAUGAAGGAGCGUCCGAGCUCAGCCAUCUAUCCCUCAGACAGUCUUCGUCAGUCCCUCCUCGGGUCCAGGCGAGUUCGCACUGGACUCUCACUAGCCAAGAGCGUCUCCACUAAUAACCUUGCAGGGGGUACUGAGGACACUGCAGGUCUCAGGAGGAUUCUCUCUCAGUCCACGGAGUCUUUAAACUUCAGGAACAGGACUUUGUCCAUGGAGUCUCUCACUGAUGACGGUGAGUGGUGGUGGAACCCCCUGCUGGAGGAGCUGCAGGUGGAGGGCAGCUGUGUUCAGGCGGACAGCUGGAGUCUCGCUGUGGAACCAAAAUUCUUGCAGACACUUCACAAAGACCUCAUGAAACAACAGGAUGUCAUCUAUGAGUUGAUCCAGACGGAGUUCCACCAUGUUCGGACAUUACGGAUCAUGGAAGGGGUGUAUCGGCGGGGGAUGCUGGAGGAGGUGAUGCUGGAGGCUGGUGUGGUUCACACCAUGUUCCCCUGUCUGGACCAGCUACUGGAGCUCCAUACCAACUUCCUCUCAGAGCUGCUGAACAGGAGGAAGGAAGGGCUGAUUGAAGGCAGCUCCACCAACUUCACUAUUUACAGAAUCGGUGACCUGCUGCUCAGACAGUUUUCAGUUCAGUUUGCAGACGACAUGAAGAAACUUUACUCCGAAUUCUGCAGUCGACAUCUGAAAGCUGUGAAACUCUACAAAGAAGUUUUUGCUCGCGACCGACGGCUGCAGCAAUUCAUCAGGCGUGUCUGUCGUGGUUCUCUGCUGCGUCGUCAUGGUGUCCAGGAGUGCAUCCUUCUGGUGACACAACGAAUCACAAAGUAUCCUGUCCUGAUCCAACGAAUCCUCGACAACACCAAAGGCAGUGAGGAGGAGGUACAGGUUUUGAGCCGAGUGCUGCAGCUCCUGAAAGAGCUGAUUGGCUCAGUGGACCAAGAAGUGCUGGAGCUGGACCGGACCAGAAGGCUGCAGGAAAUCCAGGCCCACCUGGACCCUCGGGCCCAGGCAGAGGUCCGGGGAGGAGGAGUGUUCAGAGGAGGAGAGCUGCAGAGGAGGAGGCUUCUUCAUGAGGGGGCCCUCCACUGGAAGGUCCAGGGCUCCAGGAUGAAAGAUGUGCAGGUCCUGCUGAUGUCAGACAUCUUGGUUUUUCUUCAGGAGAAAGACCAGAAGUACACCUUUGCAUCACUGGACAAGUCUCCGGUGGUCUCUUUGAAUAACCUGAUUGUCAGAGACAUAGCCAAUCAAGAACGAGGGAUGUACCUGAUCAGUUCCUCUACGCCUCCGGAGAUGUACGAGUUGUAUGCUUCAUCUAAGGAUGACCGAAGGACCUGGAUGAAUCGGAUCCAGGAGGCUGCUGUCAGCUGUCCAUCCAGAGAUGAAUUUCCUCUCAUCGAGACUGAAGACAAAGCUUUGUUGCGACGACUCAGAGCUGACAUCCAGCAGAAGGACAGGGAGGUGCUGGAGCUCCUACAGGAGCGUGUCACUCUGUUUUCUGACCUGGUGGACGCAACAGGAAGAGGAGGAACAGAACAAGAAAGAGGCGUGGAAGUGAGCACCUCCUCAAUCAGGACAACCUCCUGCUCCUCCCGCAGGAACCUGUUCAGAGCUGUCACUCCUCAUGCCUCUCAGGCCGAGCCACUCCUCAUGGCUGCCAUCAGUGAAGUGGACAAACUGACUAAGUUGCUGUUAGAUUCCAAUGUCCAGAAAUCCUCCGUAACCAAUGGCAACCAGGAGCUCAGCAAUGGUAACUCUUGUCCUCUGAACGAAUCUUUUGUGUUGAACGGCAGCUCUUCAAAGGACAGAAACGGUAAUCAGCUGCAGGAACGAACCUUAAAUCAGGAAGUCCGUCAACGAUUGAUCAAUCUGAGCAUGCAGCUUCACGCCCUGCAGGCUGCUGUGAUUUGUCAGGACACAAUCCUUGAGCUGUCAGUCAGUACAUGCCCAGUCCCCUCUACCAACCCAAUUCCUGGCCCAGCCUCCGGGCCUCGCAUCGGUCAGUCAGUGUCUCGAGAUGUGUUGCUAGAUGCCAAUGGAGAGGUGGUGAUGAUGCAGCGGCAGGUGGAACUGCUUCAGGAGGAAGUGACACGACUGCGUUUGAAGGGGGAAGGGCUUGAAAGGAAGGAGCCAGAGCUGAGUGGUGGGAAGAGCAACAGAGAGACCAGUGAAGAACAGGUGGGCCGGAGGCGUGGCAGCAAGGAACUGGAGCCCUGCCCUCUCUACCCUUUGGCUAGUCAGGAUCCAGGUGACAAAUUAGAUGGUGUUCAGGAGGGAAAUGAGGAGGAAGAGGUGGAAGUGAUGAAAAUCUCUCCUCGCUCUGACAGCCCCAGAGACCUGCAGGACAUUCCUGAGGAGAGUGAGUGUGGAGCUGAUCCCAGUUAAUAUCACCACACCUCCACCCGAUGACCCCAGGCACCUCUUCUGAUGUCACUGUGAUGUCACUGGAUGAUCCAGUCACUCUUAGACUUUGAAGAUCAUGUCAUUUCCUGUUUUACAGAAGUUUUUUUUUAGACCAAAUCAGACAUCUGAUUUCAGCUGUUAUAUUUUUGUUACUCAGAUAUUUUCUGAAUGUUGCUGUUUGAUUAGAAACAGGAUUUAUAUCUAUGUGACCUGUUUCCAUUGUCAUGUGCUGGAGUCGGGGCCUGCUGGGAUGGGUGGGGCUGAAUCAGUUAGUAUGAGUCUGCUUCAAACAAACCACUUCAUUCAUCAAGUUAUUCAUCAUCAGUCCUGGAUCUCCAUUGUGAGUUUGAGAAAAGAAGAAAGUUUCACAGUCAUCGUUUUGUCACAGAAAUAGAAAAGAGUUUUACUUUUAAUGCAACUUGUAGCUGUUAGAUGAAGGAUGUGGAAAAAUUUAAACUUACUGAGUGAGUUGACUGUGAUGUCAGUAAGUUCAGAGACAAUGUGGAAAGAGGCACAUUUGAAAUGACUCAGAUCUACACAAGUUCAGUCACCAGCGAUCGGCGCACAGUGCAGCCAGUUAGUUUUCUGUCUGACUUGGUAAAUGGUCUUAUACUUGUAUAGCGCCUUUCUAUGCUUUUACAGCACCCUCAAAGCGCUUGCACACAU